AUAAAGGAAGCUCUUAAGGCUUACAGAAGAACAUCAGCUAUUGAAGCUACUGAAUCUACUGAAUCACUUUUCUUAACAUCAGCCUUGACAAAAGAUGUCUGGAGCACCACUUUCCGUCUUCUGCAUGCUGUGGCUGCUGUCCAUCUGCACAGCCUGCUACAUCUCCAACUGCCCCAUUGGUGGCAAAAGAGCAGUACAGGACAUCCCCACUCGACAGUGUAUGGCAUGUGGUCCUGGAGAUAAGGGCCGAUGCUUUGGUCCCAAUAUCUGCUGCGGAGAGGAAAUAGGCUGCAUGGUGGGCACUCUGGAGGCCAUGCGCUGCUUGGAGGAAGACUACGUGCCCUCUCCGUGUGAGACUGGAGGAAAACCCUGCGGCUCUGUGGCAGGACGGUGCGCUGCACCAGGAGUCUGCUGUGACUCAGAGAGCUGCACCACUGAUCCCUCAUGUCUGGAAGGAGAAGGUGAUGCACCCGCUCACAGUCUACCUGCCAGUGGCAAAGACCUGCUUCUGAAGCUUCUUCAUUGGACAAACUACAGGCCUUACCAAUGAGACAUCCAUUCAGGGAUCACAUCGUUGUAGGAGGAGCAAAACACCAGCCGAACCAUCUGAUGACCUUUGUACACAGUUUGUAAAGUCAGAUUCCGAUCUAGAAUGUGAUCAGAUAUGAACAUUGGUCUUGUAUUUUAACGACUGUAAUUGAUUAUGCUUUUCUGCAUCAAUUAAAGUCACUUUAUGUGGUGCUUUAACACUUUAACAA